CUUCUUGAUGUGCCUAUGUUUUGUUACCCUUGCCAGUCCAUCAAUACUCUUCUCCUGCUGCUGCUGACUCAGAGAUGCAAAAGCAGAUUUGAUCGAUCUUCAUCAGUGGUUGAUAGACUUGGAGAAAAAAAUGGAGACUCAUGACCAGGAAGGGCUUGGACAUACGGAAGAACACAAGUUGUCAUCAGGAGAUCUAAGAGAAGACGUACUCCAAAACGGUGACCUAAGUUGUCAGAAGGGUGAAAUGUCUCAAAAUACCAGUUUGAAAAUACCCUCUGAGGACAGACAGACAGGGAUGUCUGGGAAGAGAAACUGUAAUGUGAGUGAAUACCAGGACAUUGUGGUCUCAGGAAGAACUUCACCAGGACAGGGUCCUUAUGAGUGCACUGUGUGCAAUAAAAGUUUCAGUGGCAGCUCAAACUGUCUCCAGCACCAGCGUAUCCACACAACAAAGAAGGCUUCCAAGUGCAUGCAGUGUGGGAAGAGCUUCAGCCGCAUCUCAUCUCUGACCCGGCACCAGGCAGUACACCGUGGGGAGCGCAUAUUUGAGUGUGCAAAUUGUGGUGACCGUUUCACACGCAGCUCCAGUCUCACUCUCCGCUGGAGGACUCACGAAGGGGAGAAGCCCUUUGUGUGCACACAGUGUAGUCGGCAUUUUAGUAGUGCUUCUGAGCUGGUGGCUCACCUGGGAUUACACACGUGAAUUCAUUGUGGUCCUUUGUGCCUCAGCAAACUGGAACCAUAGGCAUAAGGAAGAAGCAAUCCCUCUGUAGGACCACGUUGCCUCUAAAAAUUUUUUUCAUCUGGUGUACCUUAAAGGUAUGUGCAGG